AAAAUAGUUGCUUGUAUAUUAUUUCGAACUCGAGUGCAAAAUACAAAAGCAUUGCUCUAGUUGGAUUCUCAUUCUACACGCUACUACUAUAUUCUCCUCCAUCUUGAACAGACCUCCAACAAUCAACAAUGGCGGAAACUGCUCCUUCUGCUAAAAGAUGGCUUCCACUCGAAGCAAACCCCGAUGUUAUGAACCAGUUUCUUUGGGGCCUUGGUCUUCCCCCAGGUGAGGCAGAAUGCAAUGAUGUUUAUGGAUUGGAUGAAGAACUCUUGGAAAUGGUCCCAAAGCCAGUACUUGCUGUGCUAUUUCUUUACCCUAUCACACCUGAGAGCGAACAAGAAAGAUUACAGAAGGACUGUAAUAAACAGGAUCCUUGUGAUGGAGUUUACUUCAUGAGACAAACAGUAGGAAAUGCAUGUGGAACAAUUGGACUUCUUCAUGCUAUAGGCAAUAUCACCUCAGAGAUAAAACUUGUUGAGAAUUCAUUCUUGGACAGAUUUUACAAAUCUACCGCCAACAUGGAUCCAAUGGAGCGUGCUCUUUAUCUUGAGAAUGAUAGAGAGAUGGAAGUUGCACAUUCAGAUGCAGUAGCUGCUGGUGAGACUGAGGCUUCUGACGAUGUGAAUGAUCAUUUCAUCUGCUUUGCAUGUGUCAAUGGGCAAUUAUAUGAGCUUGACGGAAGGAGAACUGCACCAGUUUCACAUGGCCCAUCUUCACCAACCACCUUAUUGCAGGAUGCUGCUAAAGUGAUCAAAGGAAUGAUAGCCAAAAAUCCAAACUCAAUGAACUUUAACGUGAUCGCGAUCUCCAAAUGCACUGAAGCAUAACCACACUGCCUUAUGUUUUUAGCAUAAAGUUCAGUAACUUGGUUUUUUUUUUAUGACUAAAAAGUUCAUAAUUAUAGGGCAAAUCAUGGUGGUUCCAGUAUGAUCCAAUUGCUUUUUCUUUCUGAAAGAGAUUUGUGUUCAAAGUAUCUGUAACUUUGUGAGUUUUUAUGUGCAUAUGCUUCGUGAUGACAUUUGCUAAAAAGAUUUAUUUAAAGGGUUUUGCACAAUUACAAUCA